AUGGUUCCAAGCCUUUUAAGCAAUAAUCAUAAUAGUCAAGAGCUAGUGACAGAAGAAAGUCCUUUGCUUGUUGAAGAUGAUCAUUCUCCACAAACACCACCAGAUAAAAAAAUUUCCUUGACCUAUAUAAUAGAUUCUUUAAGAAAACCUCAUGCUUUAUGGAUGUUACCUUUUAGUUUUAUAUUGUCUGUCAUCAUUAGUUCAACAAUCGCGCCUUUAGAUAUAGCAUGUUUAGAAUACUACGAUACAAAUAAUUCAACAAUAACUAUAAAUAAUGGUGAUGAUGAUCCCGAUGUACGUAAUUGUCGCAUACCUGAAGUUCAGUCUAUGGCUUCAACUUAUUUAAUGAUCUAUCAAAUGUCUUUAUUCAUUGCAGAUUAUAAAGGACGUAUUUUCAUAUUUCGUAUAUCAAUAUUUGGUACAAUCUUUGCAUUUUUAAUAAUUAUAUUAGUUGGAAAUUAUUGGAGAAUAAUUGGUAUAAAACUUAUGUUUAUCGGUGCAAUUGUUGAAGGAUUGUGUGGUGGUAUAAUAGCUAUAAAUACUGCUUGUCAUGCUUACACUAGUGAUUGUAUAUCUCCUGAGAAUAGGAGUCUUUCAUUUGGAUUAAUGAAUGCUUUUGCUUUUGGUGGUAUGACAGUUGGACCCACAUUGGGUGGAUUGAUUAUUAAGAAAACAGGAUCGGUGCUUUCGAUAUUUUAUAUAGCAAUGUUUGCCCAAUCAAUUUUUUUAUUAUUUGUUAUAUUUAUUCUGCCCGAGUCACUAUCAUCAGAAUCUCGUAGAAACAAUCAACAAGGACAAGGACAACAUCAUUAUCAUCAAAAUUCUUUAUUAUCAUUAUCACAAGCAGGCCAAAAUGAAAUAAUUGCGCUCUACACAACAUAUAAAUUUCAUUGGACACCUUUGGAAAAUGGAUUUUUCUAUUCAUUACAAUCUUUUACACGUUUCAUUGCAUUAUUGGUUUUUUUACCAUUAUGUAAAUUAAUCAAUUCGAAAUUCAUUUCUUCGCACUAUAACAAUAACAACAUUGAUAAUAAUACAACCAAUUUAGAUACUUGGUUAAUGAGAUUUGGACUAGUAAUGGAAUCUAUUGGUUUCAUGGUAUUUGCUUUAGCAGACCUACCAGAAAUAUUUUAUUUGGGAUGUAUUUUUACAUCAGUAUCGACCAUAAUUUCUCCAACAAUAAGAAGUAUAUGUAUAUCGUUUGUCUCUCCAACAAAGACUGGUCAGAUUUUAGGUGGAUUAAGUCUUCUUGAAGGAAUUGGUAGUAUAUUAAGUCCUUUAUGGAUGAAUUCUUUGUAUAGUUGGUCGGUGAAAAAUGAAUUCCCAGAAAUUGUGUUUUGGUCGAAUUCUGGAUUAUUUAUUGUGGCUGCUUUUUUAGGAUUAUUAGUUUGGUAG